GUUUGUACAGCGGCUCUGUUGAACUAGUGAGAUGUCAGGCACACUCAUCCAAACCACUUACAGACCGGCGGAGGGCGAGAAGAGCGCUUCCGCUUUUAAAUAGUUGAAUGAUGAUAGAGCACUGUGUUCGCGCCCCACCAGGACGAAGGAUUUAAAGGCGCGGCGGCGGCUGAGCUGGCCUCAAAAGCAGACUCGGCUGAGGCGGGGUGCGCAGCGCUAUCAGAGUCAAAGACUUCAUCCGCACCAGAGGCUCCAGUGCCAAUCUUGGGACGUCCCGCGAAAAGGAGGAAGAGGGCUGCACCUCUACGCACGGCAUCUCCGCAAAGAGACAACUGGUCCUGCCUCCAAUGGCAUCCUACAACCUCAGCGUAGCCAGCAGCCUCACAAACUCCAGCUCCUGCCCUGAUGGCAUCUUCUGGGACUGGCUGUAUUCCUUCCUGCCCGUCUACAUCAUGGUGGUGUGCAUCUUUGGCCUAGUGGGCAACAGCUUCGUCCUCCUGGUCUUCUGCCUACACCGGGGCCGACGCACAGUGCCCGAGAUCUACCUGGGGAACCUGGCGGGUGCUGACCUCCUGCUGCUGAGUUGCCUCCCGUUCUGGGCGGCCAACAUUGCCGAGCGCUUUGCCUGGCCCUUCGGCCAGUUCCUCUGUCGCUUCGUCAACCUCACAAUGUACAUGAACCUCUGGAGCAGCAUCUACCUGCUGGUGAUGGUCAGCAUAGAUCGGUACCUCGCCCUGGUGAGGGUCUUCAAUCCUGGGCGUAUCCGCACAGUCUUCUGCGCCAAGGUUAACUGCGGCCUGAUCUGGGCCUUCAGCCUGCUGAUGAGCAGCCAUGCCUUCCUGUUCCGCCGCGUGGUCUUCCGGCAGGACCUCAACAUGUCUGCCUGCCUGCUUCAGUACCCUCAGCAGGACUGGGAGUUCAAGAUCAACAUCGUCUUCAUUGUCGGCGUCUUCGUCAUCCCCGGAGCUGUCCUCAGCUUCUGCACUGCCAAGAUCCUCAGCGUCCUCCGCAACAACCGCCUGCAGCGCUUCACGCUGGUGCGCAAGGAAAGCAAGGCAGCUGGCCUGAUCCUCAUUGUCCUCUUGGCCUUCUUGGUCUGCUGGGUGCCCUUCCAGAUCUUCCGGGUGCUGAAGUUCUUCCACGAUGCGGGCCUGCUGACUGGCUGUGCCUGGAAUGAGGCUCUCAAUAAUGGCAACCAGAUCGUCACCUUCUUUGGAUGUACCAACAGUUGCAUCAACCCCAUCCUCUACGUUAUGGUGGGGAAGCAGUUCCGCAGCAAGGUCAAGCAGCUCUACACCCAGUCUGUGGCCAGGAGGAAGUCGUCGCUGACAUCAUUCCAGGACUCCACAGUGACCCACAACACACUCAUCUCCACUCUGGAGAGGUUAGACCGCUGAGCUGGGAAGGGUGAGAGAUCCUCUCCUGUGGAGCCACCUUUAACAUGCCAUUUCCUUGCCUUUCUACAUUCUCUUCAAUGAUAGGACGUCCUGUCAGUCUGUGGACACAGAAGCUCAGGAAAAUGGGAGCAGGUAGUAGGCCUUAAGCCUGCCCCGCUGUUCACUAUGACCAUGAUUGAUCGAUGCUGGCCUCAACUCCUCUUCUGCACCAAUUCCCCCGUAUUACAACAAAAUAAUCUAUCUCCACUUUAGAUACCCGCAGUUGUCCAACUCCAAUAAACCUCCUAGAGGUUCACUGCCCUCUGCAAGAAGAAAUGUUUAUGUACUUUAGUGGGACUAGCUGAGAUGGACAUCUUCGUCAGCACAGACGAGUUGGGCCAAAGAGCCUUUUCCCUGCUGUAUUAUUCUAUAACUCUAAAUGACUGGCUCUUUAGUUUGAAACUGUGCCCCCUUGUCUGACAUUCUCUGACUAACAUCUCAGCAUCAGCCUCCCUUCAGGAUCCUCCAUAUAUUGAGAAAUUACCCCUCAUUUUCUAAACUACAAGAAAUACAGAACCAAGCCUCUCUUGAUCGGGCAACCAAGAAUUUCAGAUUGUAUAUUGUAUACAUUCUCUGAUAGGAAAUGGAACUAUUGAACUAUUGACUCUCCUCCUGGCAAUGUUCCUGAUGAACUUCUCCUGGACUGUCUCCAAUGAUGUGCAGGUUACUCUUUAUUGUCUGGCAUCCUUGGGACCCGAACUGGUGUCUGACCACAGAACUGCCCGCAAUUUGCUGGAGAGCUGAUCUUUCUAAGUAUAGUCACAUCAGGGUCAUGCAAAGGCUCCAAGAACUGUCUGUAAACCAAAGUUUCCAGAAGUUAGAAAUGCAGGUGAAUUGGUAAAUUAUUGACACACAUACAGAUCAUUUCAUCACAUAGGUACAUCAAGGUAAUACAAGGGAAAACAGUAACAGUAUGCAGAAUAAAGUAUUACGGAGAAAAUGCAGUGCAGUCAAAUGAGACUCCUCAAGUAGGCAACUUGGUUGGCAAAGAUCAAUUGAGCCUAAGAGCUUAGCUACUGUCAAAGUAGUUACUGUAUUACCAUCACUAGCAGUGGACUUUGGAAGCAAUAACAACGUACAGAUGCCGAUAUCUCCAUGGUUUACUUUGUACAUCUGAAUAUGCAUUUAUAUCUGUUAACUUUCAGUGUGCAUCAAGUCUAGAGGUUUGUUAUAUCAUUACUGGAGUGAGCUUUGAAAAGGUAUAGAUGCAAAGUAAAGGGUGGUGAGAAAGUGGAACGAGUUCCAGCGGGAGUGGUGGAUGUGGGUUUGAUUGCGACAUUUAACAGAAGUUUGGAUAAGUACAUGGAUGGGAGGAAUAAGGAGGGAUAUGAUCUAGUUGCAGGUCGAAAGACCUGUUUCUGUUCAAUGUUGCUCUAUUUAUCAGUGACUGCUACAGAGAAAGAGGUGGUGUAUUAGUAUGUGGAACUAUAAUUGGAGCUGGAUUUGGAAUUGGUUUAUUAUUGACAUAUGUAGCAAGAUACCAUGAAAAAGUUGUCUUGCACACUGUUUCUAUAGAUCAAAUUAUUACAUCAGUGCAUUGAGGUAGUACAGGUGCAGGGAGACAGUAAGUGCGAGGUCACAAUGAGAUUGAUUGUGUGGUCAAGAGUUCAUCUUAAAGUACAAGAGAUCUGUCCAAUAAUCUUAUAACAGUGGUUUUGGCUGAGAUUGCAAAAGUUACUGAGAUGUUAACUAGCCACUGAUUGGUACAGAUCUUUGUUAAUUUAAGAUCUUGGUUAGAAGUGAUUAAUUAGUGCAUACCUGUACUUGCAGAGUCAAAACUUACCGGACAAUGGGAGCAGCCAAACUGGAGAGUUUCAUCCUGAGGUGAUGGAACAAUUUGUCAAUAAGAGAAUAAUCAAAUAAAUCAGCAGAGUCUCUGGGACUCUGCGGAGGGCUAUUGACAGAGCCCAAAGCAUGUCUAAUGGCCAAUAAGAUACUUUAACCUCAACCAUGUGAAUUUAUGUAGCAUCUCUAAGAUGGAAUUUGUUCCUAAGAGGCAGCAAGAGAAUGUUAUUUGGAUACUCAGAUGACCUAAAUGUUGGUGAUGGGGAAGGAAGGUUCUUUAAGACUGUAGUGGAGAACCAAGGGGGAGAUGUCUGGGCUAUCCCACCUGGGGGCAAAGGGAGUUUAAAAACAAGGAUGGAAAGUUGGGUGGGGUGUUGACUCCCAUAUUGUUCAUGUAGGUCAAUUCAUUACACAGCACAUUGAGAUAGCACAAGGGAAAACAAUGACAGAAUGCAGAAUAAAAUGUAACAGUUACAGAGAAAGUGCAGUGCAGGCAGACAGUAAGGUGCAAGUUCAUAAUGAUUGUGAGGUCAAGAGACCAUCUUAUCGUACUAGGAAACCAUUCAAUAGUCUUAGAACAAUAGGAUGGAAGCUGUCCUUGAGCCUAACGUUACAUGCAUUCAGGCCUUUGUAUCUUCUGCCUGAUGAAAGAGGGGAGAAGAGAGAAUAUAUAGGGUGGGCAAAAUUCAAGAAUAUUAUUGCUAAAUGUAGCUAAUUAUUGGAAAUUUGUAAGUCAUGCACAGAACCUAAUAGCAACCUGUAUUAAAUAUCUGGAAGGGUUUAUGAUCUGACUUCACAAAGAGAUUCAAACAUAGAUCAGUGUUAUAAAAGAGGAUGGAGAGGGAAUUUCAGAGUUUGGGACUGUGGCAGUGGACACCACGGGUGCCAGUGAAUUACCGACGGAAAACACUGAUACUGAAGAAGUCAAUGGAAAGUGCACUGGCAUGGCAGUGAAAUCACCCUGAAAACCACAUAAUGUUUCACCAGGCUUGUUAGUUUUGAGUUGAUGUGAUGCACUUAAAUUAUGUACUCCACAAGCAAGUGAAAUAUGCAUUGGGUAACUGUCACAAUGAUAUUAAUUGUGUUACCAUG